AUGAGGCUCGUACAGCAGUUGUUUGGCAGCACGAUACCAAUGUUCGUAAACGUGGCUAUACUGUUCUACGUUUGUCAGCGUGUGCGACGAGCGCGGGACAACCUCCGAUACAUCGGCGAACGAGUGACGAAGGGAAUGGACGAGAUCAAAGACGACGUAGGUAAGGAAUUGCGAAUUACCAGCCGAUUGACGACGCAGAGCGCAAACUUGGCAUCGGUGUUACGACGUUUCGCGGAUCUCGAGGAGAACGUGAUCGAGUUGGUGCGAAUGGAUCGAAAUAGGGAAAGCGUGAGGGUCGAGACUCCCGUGGACGUGAGCAUGGAAAUCGAGAGAAUAAUCGCAGCCGUCGAGAGGGAAAGGAGCGUGGAGAAUCGUCAGCAUCCACGAGAAGUCGAAAGGUCAGAGGAACUGAUGACUACGCAGGAGCAAGUCCGUGAUAGCGGUCCACGAAAUCCUCUGACGAAAUUCUCGGCUUGCGCACCUCGAGAAAUCAUCGCUGCUUCCGGUGGAUCUGCCGCGACCCCCGCAAUGCGGAAAACGAUCGAUGGCCGGAAUCGAAUCGGUACGACGCCAGAGGUUCGUCUUCUGGGCGAAUCGAACCGGCCGCUAGGUACCGUUCCAGCAGAAUCGAAACGCUAAUCGUAAUCGCAAAAAUAAAUUCUUCUUUUCAUACGCGAUAAAAUCAUGAUCGUCGAUGAACGGCAUGGACGGAGAAGAGGUUAUAUCGUUAUCGUUCGAUAGUCGAAUAGGAAAUAAACAUGGGGACGAAAGAGCGAGAUCGUACUCGGUAGG